GGGAGCGGUAAAGGUGUGCGCUGUUGUUUGAGCGCUCAGGAGACCUUCGCUGUUGAUCAGAGAGAGCAUGGGGAAGCUGCAGGCGUUUGAGAUUGCCUUUGACAAGAAAAAAGAGGUCUACAGUCCGGGAGACUCUAUUACUGGAACCGUGACAAUCAAAGUGAGCCAGCCGCUGCAGUGUAAAGCCAUCAAAGUGAACUGCAACGGUUUCUGUGGCAUCACCAGCAAGGUAAACGACACAUCAUGGACGAUGGAGGAGCAGUACUUCAACAGUACCCUCUCUGUUGCAGACAAAGGAACUCUGAAGCAGGGAGAACACACUUUCCCCUUCAAGUUUCUCAUACCAGCCACUGCUCCGACGUCUUUUGAAGGCAACUAUGGUAAGAUCAUUUACAGAGUGAGGGCUUUUUUUGACACACCGCGAUUUGCCAAGGACUACAGCACAGAGAAGCCUUUCUACCUGCUAAGCCUUCUAAACCUGAAUGAAGUGCCAGAUAUAUGGGGUACCUGUUCAUCUGCAGUGACCCAGCAGUUCACUUACAUGCUGGUGAAAACGGGUACUGUGGUCCUGAAGGCCCACACCGACAUGAAGGGCUACACAGCAGGCCAGAUCAUCCAGGUGACGGCCAACAUACACAACCAGUCUGGGAAGACCACAGGCAACAUGGCAGCCAGCCUGAUGCAGAGAGUGACCUAUGAGACGAAGAAGCCCACCCAUGAUGUGAGGACGAUAGCAGAGGUGGAGGGAGGCGUGGUGAAGGCCGGCAAGGAGGUGGAGUGGAAGGAGCAGAUCAUCGUUCCUCCUCUCCCUCAGUCCUCCCUCGCUGGUUGUGAGCUCAUAAAGAUUGAAUAUUUUGUCAAAGUAAAUCUGAAGUCUCCUGAAGUCCAGCUGACGUUACCAGUCCACAUCGGUAAUGUCUCACUUGACAAAAAACUCCAUCCUUCCAAAAAAGCAGCCCCUCCCUCCACUGAAGAUACACCAGCCUCCACUUCUACACCAGACACCUCCGCCUCUGCCUCCACACCCACCCUGCCCCCUCGCCCUGCCCCAAAGCCGGCUCCUCGUCCUGCCCCUCGCUCCAGGAUGUCCUCCCACAACUCCCCCAGUGCUCCUUCAGCUGAGUACCACCCAGGGGCAGAGGGCGGGACCCCGAUGAACGACGACUUCCCCAACAAGCGUCAGUCUCAGCUGGUGUCACCCAAUGCUUUCAGCUAUGCCCCAGGUCUGUUUUUCCCCCAGAGCCAGCUACCCAGCGGUCCUGCCGCUGUCCCCAGUGGACCUCCAUUCAGCGGCUCUGCAGGAGCAACAGCACCGUACCCUGUCAACGGUGCCAGCUCCAUGCCAACACCACUAAUCGUGCCUCCAAACUACAGCACCUCAGCUUAUCCACAAGAGGCUCCUCCUUCUUAUGAUGAGAGUUGCAACACAUGAAGUGGAUGAAGAAGCAGAACCCACAACAACGAUCAGUUCACUGAUCUCCAAGAAGACGUUGACGUGACGUGAAACUACGAUUUGUAUAUUAAGUUGCUGCAUUUUAACAGUUUAAAGUAACGUAUACAAAGUGACUGCAAAGACAGAGACCUAGUGUCACCUGGUGUGAUAAGGUGGUGUUAGGCCUCCACUGUCACAUUCUGUGUAUGUUUCAGGCUUUUCCAAGUGUAAGAGAAUCAUGCGUUUUGAUUGGAAAUGAAAGUGAAUUAACUUUGAGCUCUGCUGCCCAUUGAACAAGUACCUUCACUCUCCUAACUGGGGGUCUUCUCUCCUCCAACCCAGCUGCAGCCAAUCAGCAGUCUUUUUAAAAUUAUGUUCUGGUAUGCGUGUUAGCACUUUAAAUAAAACGAAAGAAAAACAGACUGUGAUUUACCGUUCUUUUAGCAGCGAGCAGGAGUGAAGGUUUUAGUUGUGUGUUGUUUAAAAAUCUCUUCAGUGGCAUCUGUGAUGUCGAGAUUUAAAGUUUUAGGCAUGAAAAUCUGCGACACAAACAGCGUCAUGCAUGAUUUACUGUGAUGUAGUGUGAUGUUGUGGUUUUAAGUUCUUGUUUAGAAAGAUCUUUUAAAAAUUUCUCCUGACUAGUUUUCAGUGUCAUGAUGUUCAAACAAUCCAGAUAUUACUGUAGCGUGUUGCCUACAUACAGCUUUAAGUGUGAUCCAGGUAGCUUCUGAUUUUUGCCGUGUUCGAUCAUUUGUUACUUUGACAUUCUUUGUGAAACGACUGUAGGCUUUUUACAGAAAUAGUGUUUUGUAUUCCGUCACUUCCAUCCCUGUAUGUGUUGGUUUUGUACCUGCCGACUCCUUUCUGAGUCUAAUGUCUUUAAAUAGUUGUACAAUAAUGCAGCAGCAUCCUGAUUUGAGAUUUAAUUCAGCUAGACUGAAUGGAUUUCACAUCAUCAUAAUCAUAGUUUGUGAAUAACUGUUUAUAUUUCUUGAUCAAGACAUUAUAUUUAUGCAUUGUUUUCAGUGUCUUCCAGCUGCUGCCUGGAUUUCAAUAAAUCUGUUAAAAUCAUAAA